AUAGCAAGCCUAGUCAGCUACUGAAUAUCUCUCUCUCUCUCUCUCGCUUACGAACACUCUGUCUCUGCCUCUCUUUUGGUGUCCAAAGCCAUGGGGGUCGCCAGCAAAUGGUUCUCCGGGGUUCUUCUCGUUUCUUGCAUUGUGCUCCAUUUGAGUGCACUUGCUCUCGGUGACAACAAGGUUGACAAGACUGGGUUCCGGGAUGACAGUGACUGUCGAUGGGGACGGAGACGCUGCGGCGGCAGAUUCGGUGGUCGUGGCGGAUUCGGUCCUGGAGGUGGGGCUGGAGGAGGCGGUGGAUUUGGUGGAGGGGGGAGGGGAGGAGUUGGAGGAGGAGCCGGGAGGGGCGGAGGUUUCGGAGCUGGGGGUGGUGCUGGAGGUGGUGCAGGUGGCGGUGGCGGUUUUGGUGGUGGUAGAGGUGGAGGUGCCGGAGGUGGUGCUGGACAAGGAGGUGGCUUCGGAGCUGGAGGAGGUGUCGGUGGCGGAGCGGGAGGAGGUGCUGGUGGAGGGGUUGGAGGUGGUGGCGGUCUUGGUGGUGGAGGUGGAGGAGGCGUUGGUGGUGGGUCCGGUCAUGGUGGAGGUUUCGGGGCUGGGGGUGGUGUAGGUGGCGGAGCUGGAGGUGGCAUUGGAGCUGGAGGUGGCAGAGGAGGUGGUUCCGGUGGAGGUGGAGGGGUUGGCGGGGGUUCAGGCCAUGGAGGAGGCUUUGGUGCAGGAGGAGGUGUAGGUGGCGGUGCAGGAGGCAUUGGAGGAGGUGCUGGUGGAGGCGGAGGAGGAGGCGGUGGUGGCGUCGGUGGAGGAUCAGGACAAGGGGGUGGAUUUGGUGCGGGCGGCGGCGUAGGAGGUGGUGCUGGUGGAGGUGUUGGAGGUGGAGGAGGAGCCGGAGGAGGAGGUGGCGGUGGUCUAGGUGGAGGAUCGGGCCAUGGCGGGGGCUUCGGUGCAGGCGGGGGAGUAGGAGGUGGAGCCGGAGGAGGUUUAGGCGGUGGCGCAGGAGGCGGGGGAGGUGCCGGUGGCGGACUUGGAGGUGGCCAUGGCGUCGGCGGAGGCGGAGGGUUUGGAGUCGGAAUCGGGAUCGGGGUCGGAGUUGGAGUAGGGGCUGGUGCCGGUGCUGGCAAAGGGGUGGGCGUCGGAAGUGGCUCGGGCGGCGGAGGAGGUGGAGGAAGAUAAAACCCCGGCCAACCUCCAAAACCAAACUAUCUACUACGAUGUCGGAGGAGUCCAUCGAUCUUACAUUGGAGUGAUGAAGAUUUUCAUGUUGCCUUAAUGUUAAACAAACGUGUGUGCAACCUAAAGACCACAUGGAAUAACAAACUGCCAGUCUU